GCGAUGCAGAAUAUGGUUCCCAUGUGGUUUCAGCACAUCCCUGCAAAACUUCUCGAGUCGAAAGCCACUGCGACCGAGUGGUUAAAAUACUAUGUCGCCUUCCGCAAGGCCGCUCCUUUCAUCUCGGUUUUAAUAUUUGUUCAUGGUUGGGUUGAGUACGCACUGAUCGCGAUCCUGAUCACGCAUCUGACCGACGACAACUGGUUGCAUUUGCCGAAAGCUGCUUCUAUUGUGAACGUGCAAGAUGGGAUAACGGCGUUUCUAGUACUGGUUGUUGCUUAUGCAUCCGACGCUUAUUUGGGUCCAUUUCUGGCAAUAGUCUGCACGACUAUGGCUUAUAUCACUGGGUUGAUGCUGUUGUUUUUUGCGGCUUGGCGUCUAACUAAUGUUCAGCUGCAGUUACUGUAUGUUUCAGUGGUACUGGUGGCUUUAGGCCGAGCAGGGCGAGAAGUUCCGCUGAAAGAAUUUCUUGCUGAUCAGUUUAGGACAGAGAGGUCAUCUCAAGACGAGGAUCAAGUACAGAGUCGUAGAAAAAUAUGGUGGCGUUCCGCUUAUAUUUUAGGUAUAUGUGCAUCUGUUUAUGUGUUUGCAAAUACUUCAUGGAUCAAGCUCUCAAAGGUAUCAACAAUUGCUAUGGUGGCCGCCUUUCUGUGGUUCUUAGCCGGCAUAGCGUUUUAUAAGCGUAGACCGCCUACUUAUAAAAGCAGGCUAAAUGAUGCGUUUCAAGUCGUGUAUGCAGCAAUAUCAAAGAGAAAACUCAGCCAUACGCCUUCUGGAAAUGUCAUUCCGAUAUUGAGAUGCUUAGAUAAAGCUUCUAUCGUGGAACCAUCGCCUAGUUGGGAAGAACAAAUAAGGAAAGGUAGACUCUGGGAGGUUGAAGAUGUGCAGGAAGUGAAGAGGUUGCUCUCUAUGAUCCCACUAUGGAUUACGUUCCUCGUUUACGGUCUAUUACAGGCCACCGGAAACACUUUCUUCUAUGAACAAGUGAACUACAUGGACACACAUCUUGGCCGAAUUUCCAAUGUGCCUGUAGUUAUUUUUGUGAUAGUUAAAAGUUCUACGAGCUUCGUAGUCUCACGUAUUUGUGAAUCACUGCUUCUGUACUAUUGGGGUGAGAAAGUUCCUCGGGAUGUUAUUCUUAGAGUAAUCGGUGCAGGAAUGGCCGCUUCACCAAUAUGUUGUAUAGUUGCUUGGAGGGUCGAGAAUUAUAGGCUGCAGAAGUAUGUGAACCUCGACGUUUCCAUCACCGUUUUCUGGCUAGUUCCUCAGUUCUUCUUGCUGGGGCUUAUGGAAGGGUUAGUGUUUGGAGGGAUGGAGGAAAUGUUUUAUGCAAUAGUUCCUAAAUCAUUCAGUAAUUAUGGGCCAUCAUUCACUCAAUUUUCACUCAACAUUGGAAAUUUCCUCAGCUUACUGGUGAUCUUAGUUUUCGGUGGCUUGUUUAGCGAUGAUUUAGACACGAGUAGCUUGGGAACGUAUUAUGCGUUGUUAGGUUAUGUAUGCUUCGUCAACCUAUUGUUUUACUGUGGUGUUGCAACCUAUUACGUGAAGGAAUCCGAUCAUGAGAAAGAGCCACCGCUUGUGCAGGAGAUAAAGCAAAAACUAGAGCAAGAGAUACCGCCAGCCGUAGAGCAAGCACAGAACUGGUAGACGAUUAUGACAGUAUUGAUCAUCAGCUAGCUAACUAAAACUGGAAGGUGUAGAAGGUGAGUGUCUAUCUCCCUUUGCAAUCCCAGAAUUUCACAUUCUGUUUCUCUCACUUGUAAUGCCAGAAGAUAAUC